AUGUCUUGGGCAGGGUUCAAGAAAAAUGUUAACCGCGCUACGACGCAAGUGAUGAUGAAGACGGGGCAUGUGGAGAGAACGAAUGACCGUGACUAUGAAAUCGAAGAACGACGGUAUCGGACAAUGGAGGCCGCUGCCAAUCGACUACAGAAGGAAGCCAAGGGCUACUUGGACUCGCUACGAGCGAUGACUGCCUCGCAGAUGCGUAUUGCAGAGACGAUAGACGCUUUCUAUGGUGACGCCGGUACACGAGAUGGAGUCAGCAGGAGCUACAAGCAAGCCGUGGAAGAUCUCGACGCCGAGACGAUUAAAGCGUUGGAUGGCCCAUACAGGACAACCGUUCUUGAGCCGAUUUCCCGUUUCUGUGCUUAUUUCCCGGAUAUCAACGAGUGUAUCAAGAAGCGCAACCAUAAGCUACUCGAUUACGAUGCCAUGCGAGCCAAAGUGAAAAAGCUGGUCGAAAAGCCGGAUAAGGAUGCCACCAAGCUCCCACGAGCGGAGCGUGAGACAGAACUUGCCAAGCAAGCAUAUGAACAGCUGAAUGAACAGCUCUUCACCGAACUUCCGCAACUCAUUGAUCUUCGCGUGCCGUACUUGGACCCUAGCUUCGAAGCCCUGGUUAAGAUCCAACUGCGUUUCUGCGCGGAAGCCUAUUCUCGGAUGGCGCAGGUACAGCAGUAUCUUGACGCGGAAACGAGAGACCAAUAUGCCCGGGGUGAUUUGGAUAAUAGGGUAGAAGAAGUCUUGCAGGAGAUUCGGGAUCUUAGUAUAGCGGGAACUGUUUAG